UUAAAUGCUAGGUGGUUAACCUUGCUUGGAUGCAGUCGAGUAGGCGCAGUGAUCAUAGAAAGUUUAAUUUCAGUUUCGCUUUAGAUUCUCAUCUCAGUGCUCGUGUUAAAGUGAAAAAAAAACCAUGAGCUUUAUUGUCAACUCAGCAGUGUGCUUGUCUGUGAUGCCGGACUGUGAGCAUAGACCAUUGGCAAGAAGGAUGUCAGCUCCGGGUUUAACAUCGGAGGCCCAGUUGCGGUACCUUCUGCAGUGGUUUGGAGAGUUCAGUGAGCUGCAGCGUGAGGACUUCCUGCCGGUGCUGGCUGCAGCGUCAGGAGGCAAGGCGGACCAGCUGGCUGCCACACUUGCAGCCUUGUCGUGUGAGGAUAAGCCAGUCAGCUUGUUUCAAUGCAGAAUAAAGUUAUUCAACGAAUGGUAUCCCACUUGGACCGGUGAAGAAAAAGACAGACUACUUUCCGGAGUCACAGAAAUGGACCCAGACUUUGGUAAGAAGCUUCAGGAAUUUCUAACUAACGGACCUAAGAUGAAUGGUGAUCUCAACGGAACGAAUGAAGUACAUUCUCCGACUGAAGAGAAAGUUGAAGUACAGAACGAAGAAGCUGGGGAUUGUGAGGAAGUUAUUGAGAACGAGGAGCCAGCUAUCCCACAGGAUGCUAAUAUUGGUUUGGAGAUAGCGGCUGCCUCUUAACAAAAAAAUGAAGAAUCAUGAUACUGGUAGAUGAGUAAAGGUCAAAUAACAAAUUUUUUGCUCUCUAGCAACCCAAGGUAGUGGGUACAACAAAUUACCUUCAAUGAAAUUUAAACCAUUAUUAAAUGGAACAGAGUUGCUUUUGUGUCAAUUCGAUUUUAAAACAUCCUAUAGAAGUGGUAUACGCAUGCCUCCGUGAGGGGCAAAUCAUAUGCAAUGCGACAAUAUUAAAAAUACGUUUCAAAAUUCCUGACAAUAUACCAAAAACAAUCUAUGUAAUUUGGUCGGGUUACUUGUUGCCCACCAUAAACCAUACUAAAUUUAUGGUGGGGAAGAAACAAAAAGUGAGACUGUGACAAGGACAAGCAAUAAUACCGGUUUCUCUUCUACUUCUACUGAAAUUUUUAUAAGUGUAUCUCGUCAUUUGGCCCCUCCCCCGUUUCCUCUAUAUUAUUGUACCUCUAUGACUUGUCAAUUUUUCUUGUAUCGUGGGCUGCUAGAGGUUAUGUCAACAAUAUAUUCUCAAGGCAUAAGGGUGUCAGGAAUUAUGCAAAAUUGAACCCUAUCAGUUUAAAAUAAAAUUCAUAAUCAGGUGGGGAAAUAUAUACCCUCUGCUUUAUAAAGGCUUACGGCUGUUAUACAUCACCUACUAAUUAAAGUCGGCGUUUGUCUCAAAUGUCUAUUAGAGUUAGACCAAGAAAAGUCUGCAGCGAUUUUGAUAGCCACGCAGUACAAGUGUUAUUUUAAACGUCAAACUUGUAUGAAAUUAUGACGUAUAAAUAACAAUUGCACUGUGUGGGCUAUCAAAAUCGCUGCAGACUUUUCUUGGGCUAACUGCAGUGAAAUAUUUAAACAUAUUGAGUUUUUUAGUAAUCUGUUGGACAAUAUUAUUCAAGUGAAUCUCUUCAUGCAGCUAGAAUAGAUUAGUUUUGUUAUACUUACCUCUGCUUUUUGACUUAUAAUAUUUUAGUAGACACUAAUUAUGUUCUAUCAUAAAUAUCAUAAUAUAUUUAAUAGGAUUUUUUUUCACAUUAUCCUAAUAAUGUCUUGAUUUAUAUACUACAUAUAAUAUGUAAACCAUAUUUCCUUUUCAAGUAUUUCUACAUUCCAUUGGAUUGCAUUCCAUUUAAAUUUAAGUAUGAAAGUUACUAUGAAUCUCAACAUUUUAUUACUUUAUAUUUUCGCUUUCUUUUUUUACAAUAUUUAUGAAUGUAUUUGUAAGCUUUAUUGACGGCAACUUGCCUAUAAUAUAUUUGUAAUAAACAUUCACUAAAAAUAUAUUGUAGGCAGUUUAACUUUUGUUAUAACGCGUGGGACAAAGUUCUUGAGGCCAAUUUCUAUUCGUGUAGUACAAACAUUUAUUAAUGUGCCAAGGGUUUAUCAGUAUUUAAAAUAUAUUAUAUACAGUGCAGUGCUACUAUUUAAGUGUUUCGUAAAUAGUCUUCACCUUCAAAUAUGGUAUUGCAUUUUAAGAAGAGGCAAAACUGUCGUCGUCGAUUUACAUUAAUUUAGAUUUCUACGGUUACUUUGCCUUGACCUUCGUACACAGUUAUGUGUCAAUUACUAAUACAUACUUUUAAGUGUAGCUUAAUUUUUUUCCUGAUAAUAUAGGGUAAUUGCGUCAGUAAGUCCAGUGCCUGUUGUACGAAUUGCGUAUAAUUUGAAUUAGGUACCUGUAUAUUCAAAUGAUACGUAUAAUUUGAAUUAGAUAAAUGAUACGCAAUUCUUUGCCAAGUGGACGGAAACAGGCACUGGAUGGUAAACUGACGCAAUGACCCUACCUAAUUAUCAUUUAUUUUAUUCGCCUCGUCUUAAAUUACGAUACCUAAAUCAUUCAUGUUAAAGAAGUAUGUAAAUCGAACUAUUUGUCGAAGGCCAUAAUUAUAAUUGUAGUGUCUUAGUUAUUGAAUCAUUCCUAGUUAUAUUGUUCGAUGAACAUUUUGUAAAAGUAAAUAUUUUGGAUUGUGAGUCGCAAGGUGCUGGCUAACAAGAGGAGUUGUGAUUAGUGAAGGCCAUAAA